AUGCAACACGCACCAGAUGUGUCCCAUGGUCUGCUAACUGCCAACCUCGUUGUAGUUACGGGACAUUCAUGUGCUCAUGGGGAAAGUGUAGUUACGGGGCAUUCAUGUGCUCAUGGGGAAAGUGUAGUUACGGGACAUUCAUGUGCUCAUGGGGAAUGUGUAGUUACGGGACAUUCAUGUGCUCAUGGGGAAAGUGUAGUUACGGGGCAUUCAUGUGCUCAUGGGGAAAGUGUAGUUACGGGACAUUCAUGUGCUCAUGGGGAAAGUGUAGUUACGGGACAUUCAUGUGCUCAUGGGGAAAGUGUAGUUACGGGACAUUCAUGUGCUCAUGGGGAAAGUGUAGUUACGGGACAUUCAUGUGCUCAUGGGGAAAGUGUAGUUACGGGAUAUUCAUGUGCUCAUGGGGAAAGUGUAGUUACGGGGCAUUCAUGUGCUCAUGGGGAAAGUGUAGUUACGGGACAUUCAUGUGCUCAUGGGGAAAGUGUAGUUACGGGACAUUCAUGUGCUCAUGGGGAAAGUGUAGUUACGGGGCAUUCAUGUGCUCAUGGGGAAAGUGUAGUUACGGGACAUUCAUGUGCUCAUGGGGAAAGUGUAGUUACGGGGCAUUCAUGUGCUCAUGGGGAAAGUGUAGUUACGGGACAUUCAUGUGCUCAUGGGGAAAGUGUAGUUACGGGGCAUUCAUGUGCUCAUGGGGAAAGUGUAGUUACGGGGCAUUCAUGUGCUCAUGGGGAAAGUGUAGUUACGGGGCAUUCAUGUGCUCAUGGGGAAAGUGUAGUUACGGGACAUUCAUGUGCUCAUGGGGAAAGUGUAGUUACGGGGCAUUCAUGUGCUCAUGGGGAAAGUGUAGUUACGGGGCAUUCAUGUGCUCAUGGGGAAAGUGUAGUUACGGGACAUUCAUGUGCUCAUGGGGAAAGUGUAGUUACGGGACAUUCAUGUGCUCAUGGGGAAAGUGUAGUUACGGGACAUUCAUGUGCUCAUGGGGAAAGUGUAGUUACGGGACAUUCAUGUGCUCAUGGGAAAGUGGAAACG